UAUAGAAGGCCUAUGUUGUCUCUCCAAAAACAAGGAAAACAUCUCACUCAUUCUUUUAGGAUAAAAGAGAAAGCUAUCCAUUGAGUUAGGAACAAAGAGAGUGAUACUUAUCAUAAGACACAAUAUAAACAACAACAAUGAACCAUGGACCAACCCAAGACCAAAUGAUGCUCAUUUCUCAACUAUUCCCCUCUAGUGCAUACACUCAAAUUAUUUCUCAACAAGGGGAGAAUAAGAAGGCAAGACGGAGACGUAAUAAGAAGAGCAAAGGAGGAGAAAACGGUGGUAAUGAAAUGAACAAAAAGAGAAAGCUAAGUGAAGAACAAGUUAAUUUGCUUGAACAAAAUUUUGGAAAUGAACACAAACUUGAGUCAGAAAGGAAAGAUAGGCUUGCAAUGGAGCUUGGUUUGGAUCCUAGACAAGUUGCUGUUUGGUUUCAAAAUAGAAGAGCUCGUUGGAAGAACAAAAAACUUGAAGAAGAAUACUCAAAUCUUAAAAAAAUUAAUGAAUCCACUUUGCUCGAGAAAUGUCGCCUUGAAACUGAGGUUUUAAAGCUAAGGGAGCAACUUUGUGAGGCAGAGAAAGAGAUUCAAAGGCUUCGAGAACCCAUUGAAAGAGUCGACCCAAGUAAUAGCUCAAGUACUUCAUCACAUGAGUCACAAUCAAUGGAAGUGGUGGACCCACCAUUUCUAGGUGAAUUUGGAGUUGAUGUAUAUGAUGAUGAUGUGUUUUACGUGCCUAAUGAGACACAUUACUUCAAUGGCAUGGAAUGGAUCAAUUUGUAUAUCUAAAAAACAAUAAGAAUAUUUACCAAUUUAGGCAUUUGUAGAUAACGUGAAUGUGAAUUAUAUGAUCCAAUAUGUAAAUUAAAUUGUUCCUAGCUAGUGUGUGUAUUUAAUUUGACUAUGGUUUGGGAAUAUAAUAUAUAUAUCCAUUAACAUAAUGAUUUUUAUUUUGA